AUGAAAACUAUUUUAUUAUUACUAAUAUUAAUUUUACACUGCAUAGUUUUUUCAAAUGCACAAAAUAAUCAAAGUAAAAACAGCACAACUAUAACAAAUAAUAAUAAUAAUAACAGUAAUAAAAAUAAUAAUAAUAAUAGUACAUUAAACAAUAAUACUAAUAACAUAACAAAUAGUAAUACUGAUAUUUUUAAAAAUGACACAUUACCUUUUAUAAGAAAUUAUUCAAUAGUAGAUAGUUAUAGAUUUCCUGAAGUUAUAUUAUUAGGAAGGUUUUUAAAUUCAAAUAAGCCAUAUUUGGUAAUUGAUGGUGCAAAGCAUAAUGAUUUCAAAAUAUUAGAAAUUAAAGGUGAUGUAAUUUCACAAAUUGGUUUUAUUCAUCCACACAAACAUUCGGCUAAUUUCUCUGUUGAAUACGAUACCAACGGUUUAAAGAGCAAUGUGGUCAAUGUUCAAGUAAAAUCUAAAAUAUAUGAACACUAUACCGAUCAAUUAACCAAUGAACUAGUUUUGGAAGGUAUUUUUAUAUAUCAAAAUAAAACAAUUUUCCCAGAAGUAUCAAUAGGUGAAAACUCUUUGAUGAAUGAAAAUGUUAGCUGCACAAUUACCAAAUCAACCUAUUAUUCAAUUAGAUGCCUAUUACCUUUCAAAUAUGGAUGUAAAAAUGGUAUUAAAAUAUCAAAUGUCUACGACUAUAGCGAUAGCUUCACCAAUAUACAAAUAUGUGCUUUGAAACCAAAGAUCGAGAAAAUAAUAGCAACUGUAAAUGAAUGGGAAAAAGAAUUUAUAGUAACUGCAAUUGGUGACCAUUUAGGAAAAGGAGCCUGGUUAAAUCUAAAGACUGGUAGUUCUCAAUUACUGGAUGUUAAUGCCGAUAAUAAAGUUAUAGAAUAUAUUUAUAAUAAUGGGUCUGAAACUUACGAAUGUGUAAAAAUGCUUUCAAGCAAUAAUGCCUAUGUAUCUUGCAAAUUCCCAUAUGAAGCCUAUAAGGAAAUAAAGAGGAAUCACAAGGAUGAAUAUAACUAUGUAUCUGUUCAACAACCUGGAACCUUUUAUACUAAUAAACAAGUAAACUAUGAAAUGCUUCAAUUGGAAUACUUGGACUAUGACAAUAUAAUAUUAGUAUUAAACACAAAAUACGGAAGAUUGGUACCAUUGGUGGCCAUACCUGUUUUAGUGUUUUUAAUAAUUGCUUUUAUUGUAUUGAUCAUUGUCGUAAUAGUUUUAAAAAAGAAAUAUGAUGGCUGCAAAAAAGAAAUUAAUCAAAAAAAGAACUACAAAGAUCCAUUUGCAGACCCAUUUGCUUAA